GGGCAACGCCUCCCCCGCGCAGGCUCCGGGCCGGCGCGCGCCGCGGCAGCCGCCUUCCGCGCCUCCGGAGCCAUGGCCGCGGGCCGCAGGGGCUGGGACGGCGCCCGCGAGGACGACCUGCCCGUGUACCUGGCGCGGCCGGGCACCGCGGACCAGGUCCCGCGGCAGAAGUACGGCGGCAUGUUCUGCAACGUGGAGGGCGCCUUCGAGAGCAAGACGCUGGACUUCGACGCCCUGAGCGUGGGGCAGCGGGGCGCCAGGACGCCCCGGAGCAGCCAGGGCGGCGGCCGCGGCCCGGCGAGCCGAGCCGGGGCGGACGCGGACCCCCCGCGCAGGGGCCGCGGCCGGGAGGAGGGCGGGGAGCCCGCGCCCGCGCCGCCCGCGCCCGCCGGUGUGGAGAUCCGCAGCGCCGCGGGCAAGGAGGUGCUGCAGAACCUCGGCCCCAAGGACGAGAGUGACCGUCUUCUUAUCAAGGGAGGCAGAAUCGUCAACGAUGAUCAGUCCUUUUAUGCUGAUAUUUACAUGGAAGAUGGCUUGAUAAAGCAAAUUGGAGACAAUCUGAUUGUCCCUGGAGGCGUGAAGACCGUGGAGGCCAAUGGGAAGAUGGUGAUCCCUGGAGGCAUCGAUGUCCACACUCACUUCCAGAUGCCGUACAAGGGGAUGACCACAGUGGAUGACUUCUUCCAAGGGACAAAGGCUGCCUUAGCAGGGGGCACCACCAUGAUCAUUGACCACGUGGUGCCCGAGCCCGGGUCCAGCCUGACCGAGGCCUAUGAGAAGUGGCGCGAGUGGGCCGAUGGCAAGAGCUGCUGCGACUACGCUUUGCAUGUGGACGUCACCCACUGGAGCGACAGCGUCAAGCAGGAGGUGCAGGGCCUCAUCAAGGACAAAGGGGUCAACUCCUUCAUGGUGUACAUGGCCUAUAAGGAUUUGUAUCAAGUGUCCAACACAGAGCUCUACGAGAUCUUCACCUGCCUAGGAGAGCUGGGGGCCCUUGCUCAAGUCCACGCUGAGAAUGGGGACAUCAUCGCCCAGGAGCAAGCCCGGAUGUUGGAAAUGGGGAUAACGGGCCCAGAAGGCCACGUGCUGAGCAGACCCGAGGAGCUGGAAGCUGAGGCUGUGUUCCGUGCCAUCACCAUCGCCAGCCAGACCAACUGCCCGCUGUACGUCACGAAGGUCAUGAGCAAGAGUGCGGCCGACCUCAUCUCACAAGCCAGGAAAAAAGGAAACGUGGUCUUCGGCGAGCCCAUCACCGCCAGUCUCGGCACGGACGGGACCCAUUACUGGAGCAGGAACUGGGCCAAGGCGGCCGCGUUUGUGACGUCCCCCCCGCUGAGCCCCGACCCGACCACUCCCGACUACAUCAACUCCUUGCUGGCCAGCGGGGACCUGCAGCUCUCCGGGAGUGCCCACUGCACCUUCAGCACUGCCCAGAAAGCCAUCGGGAAGGACAACUUCACAGCCAUUCCUGAGGGCACCAACGGGGUGGAGGAGCGGAUGUCCGUCAUCUGGGACAAGGCUGUGGCCACAGGGAAAAUGGAUGAAAACCAGUUUGUGGCUGUGACAAGCACUAAUGCUGCCAAGAUCUUCAACCUGUAUCCCCGCAAGGGAAGAAUAUCUGUGGGUUCUGACAGCGACCUGGUGAUCUGGGACCCGGACGCCGUGAAGAUCAUCUCUGCCAAGAGCCACCAGUCGGCUGCAGAGUAUAACAUCUUUGAAGGGAUGGAGCUGCGUGGGGCCCCGCUGGUGGUCAUCUGCCAGGGCAAGAUCAUGCUGGAAGACGGCAACCUGCACGUGACCCAGGGGGCCGGCCGCUUCAUCCCCUGCAGCCCGUUCUCCGACCACGUCUACAAGCGCAUUAAAGCCCGGGGGAAGAUGGCGGACCUGCACGCGGUCCCGAGGGGCAUGUAUGACGGGCCAGUGUUUGACCUGACCACCACGCCCAAAGGGGGCACCCCCGCAGGCUCCACCCGGGGCUCCCCGACGCGGCCGAACCCCCCCGUGAGGAACCUCCAUCAGUCAGGAUUCAGCCUGUCGGGCACCCAGGUGGAUGAGGGGGUCCGCUCGGCCAGCAAGCGCAUCGUGGCGCCCCCCGGGGGCCGCUCCAACAUCACAUCCCUGAGCUAAGAAACCCCUUCCUAAAGGGGAGCAAGAAGAGAUGUCUGAAGCCAAAACGGUACCCCAACAUGUCAGAAGGAAGGAGGAUCCAGUGGCGACCUAAAGAGUCGAUAAGCCUGAAGCCUUAUGUUUCUCUGAUGUUACGCUCGCUUGCCUAGCUUUACGAAUAUCGCUUUGUUUUCUGUUUAUGCCUAGCCUUGAUUGGUUUGAUGCCCUCCCUUCAUCUACAUGCAUGCAGUCAGGCCCUGAAGGCACAGAGCCUGCUCUAUAGUGUUGAGAGCGUGUGUAGUGCUGCAUCUUAUGACACGGGGACAAACCUGGGAUGUCAGGAACAUGAACAAAAGGGACGCAGAUAUUUGGGGUGCACGGGUGGUGGGAAUCUGGAGCAAAGCAGAGGGCUCAGAGGGGCUGGGGUGGGGCGUGUGGAGGGAGGGGGGUGGGUGGGUGAGCAUUAGGGGUCUCGUGUAUUGUAUUGAUGACGCAUGUUUAUUUCCAUGGAAGAUGGCCGCUUGGGGCAGCUGUCACCUCCACACGGUCCCUUGGGGUCUGGAGCAGGCAGGCGGUCUUCAGGUUCCAGACGUUGUCAUGUCCCCUCCUACAUUUUAUUCCUUCGAACAUUUUAUUAAAACAUCAAAACCCAACCAUAACUUCCACCUGCUUGAUCGUGCUGGCAUUUGGUUGGGCCUCUUUCUCAGUGUUGCUUCCAGAUUCUUCUCUUUCCUGGGCUGGGCAGGAAGAGAGGAGAGAGGAAAGGGCACUUCUCUUCUCUUGCCCUACCUGCCUCUUUGGUGCUUUUACAAGGCAACAGCUGGGAGCACAGCACAGGCCCUGCGGGGAGGGGCAGCCGUGCUUACCUGACACCUGCCCCCAGCACGUGUUGGAGGUCGCCACUCAGCGCCCGUCCUUGUAAGGGGAGGGGAGUGGCAUGCCUCUGGCAUCCUGAGUUAGGACUGGAGCUGAGACAGACCCAAUGGAAGGGCUGCCCUUGCCGGCGGUGAGUGUUUGAUUCUCCAUUAUCUUGAGCUACAGGCACAUCUACGAUUGAAUAGGAUGUUUUGUUUUGAAAAUUUAUUUUCUUAGGUGUUCCCUACACUUUACUACUAACAGAUAAUCUCAGUUUAUAAAGGAGCCAAGCAGGGAUCUGGGAAAGCCAGUCUGGGGCCCUCAUUCUGCUCUUCGGUCCUAAACCAUCUGUUUCCCCUGCUGUUGGCAUGUCCUUUUGGGGGAACUUUUUGUUUCUGUGCUGAAAUCUCCCGGGGGGAGUGGGAGUGCCAGGCAGCCUUCCCAUGCCACAUAAAGGAUGUUAGCAUGGAGGGCUUGCACCUGUCUUGUCUGUCCGAACUGAACGUCCAUUUCAGAACGAGUUCUGUGAGCUCCAUGAGGAUCUGUGGACCCCAGAGGCCCACAAAGAGGAAAAAUAUGUCCAACCUGGGCUCAGACUUCUGUGCUUGGGGGCUCCAGCUGGUAGAACCCAUAACGCUGGGUCCUGGGUAUAUGUUAGAAAGAAAGAAGAAGCACAUGUCAGACACCUUUCCGGUGCUUAGGAGAAGCCGUUAUCUCUGGCUGCAGGUUUUUAGUAAGUUAAAGACCAGAGAAAAUGGAACACGUGGCUGAGAGGAAUUUGAAAAUAGCCAAAGGAAGAGGGUUUCCCCUAGCAAGCUAAUUUCUUUUUCUUACCAGGAAAACAAUUAUUUCUCAUAAUAAGGAUCUUGCUAUUUCAAGGGUUUUUCAUGGUGCCUUUGUUUUAGGGGAUAUUUAAGUGAAGGGGGGCGUGUAGUUCUGGAUUUGUGACUUGAGGACUUGGGGCCCUUAUCAGACCCCAAGCGUGUAUACCUCAUUGGUUGGACUGGACCGUAGGAUGUGUGUUGCAGUACCAGCCACAACCACCAGAUGGAGGAAAAGAUGCGUAAACAAACUUGUGGACGCCCCGCUGUUCCCUGGACCCCGAGUCUAUCUUGGCCCCCCACGUGAUCUCCCUAUGCUGUGAAAAUAAGUCUUUCAUGGCCAAAUUGGUCUUCUGCGCUAUACUUGGGGCUUUCUAAGUGAAGCCUUCAACCAGAACUUCAUAUUCUGUGCAUGCUUUCCACGCCCCUCAGUGCCUGCCGCAAGCAAGGGCAGGCAACAAGGUCUGAGAAAGACCCCCUUUCUUCACGUAUUAUUAGUAACUUUCCAAGCAUAGAAAUUUCUGAGACUGCCAAGAAAACUCCUGCUAUUCUGUUGAGUUGGUACUCGUUAAAAAUUAAUAUUCAAAUGUGUCUUGUUCCACGGGACACACGGAAUAUUCCGAUACGAAGGGUUUAGGAAGUGACCGUGCCGAUGAGUCGUUGCCCUCGGGGUUCACUGGCAUCUCACCCAGCUGUGGGAGGGCAGGCUGGACCUUCCGCCUCCCACCCAAGCUUUCUCUGGCCAUCUCCCCUCUCGGCCUGGCCCCUCUCUAAGGAUGCCCUGCCUGCCCCCGACCUUCUCACAUUGUUCCUAAACCCAGAUGGCAACCAACCAGGGUCCUCCCUGGGAAGGCCACCAUCGUGGGUGAUUGAGAAGGUGGCUAUGGAAUUGUUAAAUCAGCCGCCCCAGUAGAGAAAUUUCUGCCAAGUUUUCUAAAAGUGGCAGAGUAGUAGUCAUCCCCAAAGUGGGUUUUCUUCCAAGUCCAGCCAUCCUGUGUGGCCUUUGUCUUCAUGUGGACACCCAGAGAAUCAUGCUCUGCUCCAAAGGCCUCCGUUCUAAUCCUGCACUCCUGCUCACCCCGAGAAGCCCUUCCUAAAUGGGUGGAUGAGUCCCAACUCGUUCUUGCCACAAAGUUUCCAGGCCUCCCCCCCUGGAAAACUCCGGCUUGAGUCCCAGAUGUUACCCACGGGCUGUCCCGGGCAGCCAGCAUUCAUUGUAAGUUCCCUCUUUGGAAAACGGUGUGUGGGUGUUCAGUUCCGUGUCUGGUGAAUGUGGACAGACCGUAAACCUCCCUGUGACCUGUGGUAGCUGUGAGGCGGCUCUGGAAUGUGAAGGGCUGCUUGGUUUGAACCGUGAAGAAAACUGUGUUUUGAGUUUAGCUGAGAUUUAAAAAAAAAAAAAAAAAAAAAUUCAUCAAGUGACUGUUAAUGUAAACCUGGUUAUUAAAAUAAAUGCAAAAUCACAUUU